AUGGAAGUUUGGAAUGAAAUUGCAAUUGCAAAAGUGAAGAAAAGAAAGAUAUGCAACAAAUCAUCAUCUUUCAUUGCCAUUCAUUUCCCUCUUUUCCUUGGACCUUUCAAUCUCAUUUGCCAAAAAUCCAUUGACAAAAAGGAAAAGAUGACACCACUUUUAUUUACACUUUUAGCAUUAGAGAUGGGAGUGAUCAUAAUUCUUCUGUUUCACUCACCUGUAAGGAACCUAGUCGUUAUGGGGUUGGAUCGUUUGAAGCAAGGUAGAGGCCUUGUAGCCUCAAGAACCGUUACAACGAUAUUAUCAGUAGUUUUUGUGUUCAAUCUUUAUGGUAUUUAUAAAAAUCAAAAGCACAUGAUGGAGGUUGGUGUCACUAAUCCAACCGAUCGAGUUCUUUUGUCCAAUCAUAUUCUUGAGGCCUCGCUCAUGGGUUUUUGUUUAUUCUUGGGAUUGAUGAUAGACAGACUUCAUUACUAUGUCAAGGAGUUGUGGUUGUUGCGAAAGAGCUUGAAGGCUAUUCGUAAUCAGAUUGGUGAUUCUGAUUUGAUUCAACCCAUCAACAAAAACAAGAAAAUUUAAAGCACACAUCCAUACAAAUUGAAUCAACCUUCGUUUGUAAAUAAAAGAAUAAAGUCAUACUGUAAUUACUAAUGGAUUGAUUAAAAUAAUAAUGUCACUCAGCUUUGUGUAACUGCUAAUCA